AUGUCCACUCCGGCUUGGCUCGCCGGACUUCUCACCUUCGUCUUCUUCGGCCAUCUCGACCCCCAAAAGUCCACCGAACCUCCCGCCGAAGACCACCAAGACUCGGCCGGCAGCGGCCACGGCAUGGAGGAUGUCGUCGCAGACCCUGCGCCUGCUGUGCCCGAAGUCGAGCCUGCGCCGCCUCCAGAGCCGGAGCCUGAACCCAAACCUCCCCGCAUGCUCCCCGUCCAGCAGCCGGGCCCCAGCAACCACCUGUCGUGGGACUACGUCACCUACAACAAGGGCGACAGGUACGGACCGCGCCCGGGCAUGGGCUACGUGUCCACGCCCAUCCGCUCGCCUCUCUUCCAGGUCAACACCUUCAAGCCCCGAGCCACCGAGGGCAACCCCUACCUCUUCUUCUGCCCGGCCGUAGAAGGCCAGCCCGGUACCAUCCAGAUCUUCCGCCGCAAGGACCUGUCCCUCGUCUACUCGACCCACGGCUUCCACGCCACCGGCAACUCGCGCAUGCAGGAGUACGACGGUAAGCAGUACCUGACCUUCUGGGCCGGCGAGCCCGCCUCGGGUCACGGCGUCGGCAACGGCAUCAUGUACGACGACGAGUACCAGCUGGCCUACAACCUGUCCAUCAACACCUUCAACACCAUGGCCGACUCGCACGAGUUCCAGCUCACCCACGACGGCGGGGCCAUGUUCAGCGCCUACGAGGCCAUCCGGGGUUACGACAUGACGCCCGUCGGCGGGCCGCCCGACGGCGUUCUCCAGGACUCGUGCUUCGAGGAGGUCGACAUCGCCACGGGCGAGACGCGCUUCGCCUGGCGCGCCUCGGACUGGUUCUCCAUCACCGAGACGGCCGUCCCUUACAACGACGUCGAGGACUACGGCCACCCCACCCACGACGGGGGCUGGGACUUCUUCCACAUCAACAGUCUCGAGAAGACGGCCGACGGCAACUACCUCGUCGUCGGCCGCCGACUUAGCAUGAUCACCCUCAUCAACGGCACAAGCGGCGCCCCCAUCUGGCAGGUCGGCGGCAAGAACAACCAGUACAGGGACCUGUCGGACGGUAUGGCCACCAGCUUCGGCUACCAGCACCACGCCCGCUUCGUCGACGACGCCCAGACCGAGAUCGUCAUGUUCGACAACUCGGACCUGGCCGGCACCCAGCCCAACCCCGGCUGCGGCGACAGGUGCUCCCGCGGCCUGCACAUCAAGCUCAACCACGAGGAGAAGACGGCCAAGCUCGUCAGGUCCUACUACCACCCUUACUCCGUCCAGUCUCGUGCCGAGGGCGGUGCCGAGAAGCAGCCCAACGGCAACCUCCUCAUCGGAUGGGGCAAGGUCCCUGCCUUCACCGAGUACACCGCCGACGGCGAGGUCCUCCUCGACGUACAGACCGGCCCUUGGAGCGACUCUGUCGUCGGCGAGUCCCACGUAUACCGCAUCUAUAGCCAAGACUGGAGGGGUAACCCCAAAUGGAACCCUGACAUUGCCGCCAGGGACGGCCACAUCUACGUCAGCUGGAAUGGUGCCACUGAGCAGGAAUACUGGGCACUGUUCACCGGGGACGCUAGCGACUCCCUGGAACCCACAUACAUCACGUACCGCAACGGCUUCGAGACCACGAUGCCUAUUCUGGGAAACCCCCGAUACGCUCGUGUCGCCGCCCUCGAUGCCACCGGGAAGCUGCUGGGCAGCACCGACCGCAUCGACCUGGAGACGGGCCUCAAAUCGAGUGUGGAUUCUCAGCUCGAUAUCGACUUUAUCCUUGACCCGCAUACUCUGGUAUGA